AUGCUUCCAAGUCUAGCGACAGAGCUGAUGAUGGCGGGGAACCACGAUAUCUCGUUUAGGCAGGAGCAUUUCAUUGAAGCUCGACAGAACAGUGAACUGUUUCCUACUCAUGACUACAGUUUCGCCUUGGAACCGCUACACGGGACGAACCUGCAGAUAGGAGUUCCCCGUGAGCAAAAUGAGGGUUGGAGCCACAACCAGGAACGUACACUGGCUCUUCACAGCUCAAUGAAUCACAGUGAAGAACAAUGUGUGGAAGGAAAAGAUGAGGUUGAUUCUUCAGAAAACCAAAUUGAAAGCUAUGACCAUGCCUUUGACCUCUCGUUCCAUGAUAAUGAUGGCUCGGAAACUUCAGAGAAUGAUAAACUAGCCCUAGUAGUUGCUCAGGAUCUCAACGAUAACUUACAGUUGGGGGUGGGUCAUUGCAUGAAUAGGGAUCUCAUACCUGGCCCGGACAUAGGCCUUUCUCAGCAGCUAGAGUUGGCUCCUCCUAUUGUUCAGUGCCGGUCUCUAGUUACAGCUCCUCAGCACAACUUGGUCGUUGGAAUGGAAUUUUCAGAUGUUCUUGCUUGUAGGAGAGCAUUGAGAGAUGCAGCAAUCGUCUCACGGUUUGAGAUGCAGACGGUUAAAUCUGACAAAACCCGCUUCACUGCAAAGUGCACCAGCGUGGAUUGCCCUUGGAGGAUUCACUGUGCCAAGCUUCCUGGUGUACCAACCUUUACAAUAAGGACUAUUCACGGGAGUCACACAUGUGGUGGUAUUUCACACCUUGGUCACCAUCAAGCUUCGGUUCAAUGGGUUGCUGAAGCUGUGGAAGAAAGGCUGAGAGAGAAUCCUCAUUGCAAACCUAAGGAGAUACUGGAGGAAAUCCAUCAAGUCCAUGGGAUCACACUAUCAUACAAGCAAGCAUGGAGGGGGAAAGAACGUAUAAUGGCUGCUGUUCGCGGGUCAUUCGAAGAAGAUUAUCGCCUUCUUCCUCAAUAUUGUGCUGAAAUCAAAAGAACAAACCCUGGGAGCAUCGCUGUGGCUCUUGGAAGCCCUGUUGAUGGGAGCUUUCAACAGCUAUUCAUCUCUUUCCGGGCGUCAAUCUAUGGUUUUCUUAACGCUUGUCAGCCUCUCAUUGCAUUGGACAAAAUCGUAUUGAAGAGCAAAUAUCUAGGGACACUCCUGCUUGCCUCCGGGUUUGAUGGAGAAGGUGCAGUGUUUCCUUUGGCCUUCGCCAUUAUUGCUGAGGAAACUGAUGGUAGCUGGCAAUGGUUCCUCUCAGAGCUGCGUAAGCUGCUUGAAGUUAACACAGAAAACAUGCCAAAGCUGACGAUUUUAUCUAAUAGAGACCCACCCAUUGUUGAAGGAGUAGAUGCUAAUUUCCCAACGGCGUUUCAUCGCCUCUGUAUCCAUCAUCUCACAGAAUGCUUCCGUAGGGACUUCAACAACUCCAUUCUUGUGAACCUUUUUUGGGAAGCAGCACAAUGUCCCACCGAGCCCGAGUUCAAUGCAAAAAUCGCCGAGCUCUCCCAGACGUCUUCCGACGCUGCCGCGUGGGUUUUCAAGUACCCUCCCUCUUUAUGGGCCACAUACACCUUUGAAGGAGCACAUCUUACUCCAAAUGUUACCGAAUCACUUAACGGUUGGAUUCAAGAAGCCUCAGGCCUUCCUAUAAUCCAAAUGAUGGAGUGUAUCCGUCGCCAACUGAUGACUUUGUUCAACGAGCGCCGUGAAACAAGCAUGCAGUGGUCUGGCAUACUAGUUCCGUCUGCUCAGAGACAAGUCCUUGAGGCCGUGGAACACUCCCGUGCGCGAACUUAUGCGGAAACCAUACAUCCAGUUCCAGACAAAACCAUGUGGCAAAAAGCAGAAGCUGAUAUUGAAAGUGGUGAGGAUGGUGAUGAGUUUGUGAUGAAACCACCGAGGUUGUUAAGACAACAGCCACGGCCAAGGAAGAGGAGAAGUCAAGAGUUUAACAGCACGACGACUUUCACACACAUUUUGGUAAUCUCAUCCAUUGGUUUGCUCUUGGCCAUUGCACUGCACUACCGUCUAAGGAAGCUACGUCACUCCAAGAUCAUUCCUCGUCUCAGAUUGUCUCACAAACACAAAGGCCAUGAGAAGCUCGAGAGAUUCUCUCACUACGUCGUUCGGCAGAUGGGAUUUAAGGACAGGAGAGAAUGUCCACAUCUCUGUAAGUUAGCCAAUGAGUACAUUAGGAAAUCAGAUUGCUGCGAGGAAGACAUAUACAACUUCUUCUCUGAAGAGCCUGAUGCUGAUUCACUCUUCAUUAAGCUCGUCGAGGAGUUUGAGAGAUGUAUUCUCAGUUACUUUGCUUACCACUGGACCCAUGCGGAUCUCAUGAUCAGUCAGAUACUCAGCGCCGAUGUUGAGCCCAAGAGGAAGCUCAAGCACAUUGUCAUGGCGGCUACGAGGGAACAGAGAUUUGAAAGAGUGACUAAAAAUCUGAAAGUGGCAAGAGUGUUUAACACAUUGGUAGAGGAAAUGAAAGCAAUGGGCAUCGCAUCCGUUGAUGACUCAGAAUGUACAGAAGUGAUGGCUCCAGUUGCACACAAGGACCGAAGUCCGGUUUUACUCCUCAUGGGUGGUGGUAUGGGUGCAGGCAAGAGCACUGUUCUAAAAGACAUUCUCAAAGAACCAUUUUGGGCAGGAGCAGAUGCUGUGGUAAUCGAAGCCGAUGCUUUCAAAGAAUCUGAUGUCAUAUACAGAGCUCUAAGCUCCAGAGGCCAUGUUGAUAUGAUCAAGACUGCUGAAUUCGUUCACCAAUCAUCAACAGAUGCAGCAUCAUCGCUGCUCGUUACAGCACUCAACGAAGGGAGAGACGUGAUAAUGGAUGGAACACUCUCUUGGGUACCGUUUGUGGUUCAGACCAUAACCAUGGCAAGGAAUGUGCAUCGCCAUCGUUACAGAAUGGGAGCUGGGUACAAGGUUGGCGAAAACGGAGAUGUCAUGGAGGACUAUUGGGAACGCAUAGGCGAAAGACAGCAGCUGCAAGAAGAUGGAAGAGAGAGAAAGCCAUACAGGAUAGAGUUAGUUGGCGUUGUGUGCGAUGCAUAUUUAGCAGUGAUUCGAGGCAUUAGGAGAGCAAUAAUGUGUAGAAGAGCGGUUAGGGUUAGAUCUCAGCUGAGAUCUCACAAGAGGUUUGCAGAUGCGUUUCUUACCUAUUGCAACUUAGUUGACAAUGCCAGGCUUUACUGCACCAAUGCUCUUGAAGGUUCUCCAAAGCUGAUAGGAUGGAAAGAAAAGGAAAAGACAUUGCUAGUGGAUCCAGAGGAGAUAGACUGUUUGAAAAAUGUAGGGAAGAGGUUAAACGAGAAUGCUGAUUCCAUCUACGAGCUAUACAGUAGACCAAACCCUGCUUGUGAAGCUGGAUCGAUAUGGAAAGACAUUGUUCUUUCUCCUUCCAGGUUCAACAUUCAACAGGAGCUCAAAUACUCGAUUCAGAAAGUGGAAAGAUUCAAACAGCAUCUCCAAGAAACACCAAGGUGAUAGAGAAGGAUGAAGAUAAGAGAAGAGCACAAGUUUUGUUAGCUUUAUUUCCUGGUAUGUCACAAAAUACUCCUUAAAAACAAUCAAACAAAAGUUGAUUCUCUCUAAAAACAAAGAAGGAAUGUGCAUUGCCUAACUUAGUAAGAGAAUUGCUAAGAACAUUGAAUGUAAGAG